UUUACAUGGAACUGGACUUUCUUAUUAUGAUAAUGAUGACUAUUACACAAUGGUGAGAGGGAAUAAGUUUAUGUCCGAAAAUACUUGUAAACAUAUUGUGAUGAAUGGCGGGAUUAAUUUUGUUUCUACACAGAAAGUGGAAGCACCACAGUUGUCAGUGCUUACAUCAGGAGGAAAGACAAUAGCAACCCUGCCCUACUGUUCCGCUGAAAAGUUAGAUAUACAAUACAGGGAUGGUCACAUAAUCAGCGCAACUCUAGAUACACUUGUGGAUAUGCUUCGUCCGGGAACUAGUAAAUCAUUUACCUUUACCUUUCUGCUGUGCUCACGACUUUUUGUCAAGCCUCACGAAUUGCUCAACAAGUUAUGCAAAAGAUACUUUAAAACCUAUGAUAAAAUAGGUAAAGGCGAAGUUAAAGAUUUGGUUGAAAAAGAAUUGAAUGACAUGAUAGCCCUUGUUAGGGUGUUAAGUCAAUGGACCAGCAUGUUUCCAUAUGAUUUUCGUGAUGAUAGAGUAAUGGCUUUGGUGCGAAGUAUAACCCAAAG